UCGUCACAGUCACACACCCUAUUGUAAGUAUCUAUUUAUGUUUCGUGUCUCCAUGCCGCUUUGUCUGCCCCCUCUCUGGCCUGCUGUUCCUUGGUCCGCCAUAUUCCAACAUUUAUGCGCACCGUUUUCCGCGUUUGCCGGAAACCCUGCAUACCAAGAUUAUUGCAACUGUCGCAUUGUUGAAUCGAAGCGCUCGUUCCAUGGCUUGGACUAACGCGAGCCACACAGCAUCUAUGAGGUCUUGACACCUCGGCACUAUCUUCGACACAUCUUCCCACACACGUCUUCGCAAUGGAGACCUACCACGGACACGUUCGCACGCCAAAUGAUGCCAUCAUCUUAUUCGAGGCCUGCCGCAUCGGCAUACUACCGCGGGUGCAGCGCCGCCUAUCCGAGAAGGAGCGCCAGCAGAUCAAGUCAGGCUCAGUGUUUGUAUGGGACGAGCGCGAGGCCGGCAUGAGGCGGUGGACCGACGGAAAAUCAUGGAGUGCGAGUCGCGUGUCGGGCAGCUUUCUCACAUACCGAGAGAUGGAGGGCAAGCGGGGAGGCAGCGCAGUUCCCACGGCCCCAGUAGCAAAGCGAGCGAGUGGAAAGUCGCCAGACGGCACAGGCUCAGGUGAAUCAGACGGCGAGGGACCAGACGGCUACCGGUACAAGCCGGAUGGUCUCAUGAAGCAGUCAUUCAGCAUCACCACCCAGAGCGGACAGCACCUCCACCUCAUCAGCUACUACUCGCGAUCGAAUUCCAACAACCUCCCACAGCCUACCAACGAUGCGCAACUGCGGCACAUCCGCCCGCCAAAGAACAUGUAUCCGGAGUCGGCAGUGAACGAGACCCAGACCGUGCCUGCCGUCACUCGCGGGCCCAUGCCUGGCUCACCAUACAGCGCACCCGGACACAGCAUGGCGCCUUCAUCGCCGUACACCCGUGGCGGUCCUGUUGCACCCAUGUACGCGAUACCAAUGUAUCCUCCCACACCACCAAACGGUACACCCCCAAUGUACUACUCGCACCAACCUUACUUCUACCCCGGUGUCGUCUAUGCGCAGCCUCCAUACCACCCACAACACGUCUUCGACCGUCCGCCGCACAUGGCCCACCCUCACGCUCCACAAGGCCACCAUCCCAUGCUGAUGCAACAUCCUGCCUACGCAGCGCAUGCCGCUCACGCCGCUCAACAAUACAUGGCGACACCACCACUUCGCACACCAUCGACAGCUGAACAAGCUCAACAGCAACACCUUCAACGUGCCAGUGCCCCUGCGCCUCCUCCAGGACCAACAACUACAAUUCCCGAGCAAGGUCCGCAACUUCCAGCGAUCAACGGCGCGGCCGCCUCAGCAGGUGCCAACAAGCCACCGACACCAGAGCCCUCCGACAAGUCUGAGUCUCGGGCACCCGAGUCAAAUAGCACCGCCGCACCCGCAGCAUCAAGACCGCUUCCUACUCUGGGGUCGCUACUCAACGGCGAGAACCAAGACAAGGACAAUCAGAACAACAGCCGUUCUGGUAGCCGGAGUCCUAACACCGCAACGAGAUUCCCCCGAGACUUGGCACCGGAGAGACUCGCUAAGAACAGCACCGCUGCCGAUAGCAGCGCGCUGAACAAGCUCAACAGCGUCUUUGUGCGAUCAUAGCAAUAUCGCGACUAGUGUCUUCUCCUUCUUCUGCUGCUGCCAAGUAGCCUCUUCUUCUUCUUCCACAUUUACGUUCCGUACUCUCCACUUUUACUUCCGAGUACGGGAGGUCUUCUUCAGCAUUUACGAAUGGCAUAUGGGCGGCGUUCGGGUAUCACGGCUACACGGCCAAAUCAUGAUAAGCCUUGGGGGGCUGGGAAGAUGCGCGGUUCAUAGCAUCGGCCGAUAAUCGGGCCUGGAGUUCACGGUGUAAUCCCUUCACACAACUUUGUUGGUCAACGAAGUUCUAUGCGUAUCACGCUAGCUAUGAUGUCUGUCGCUGCUUGCAAUGCAAAAUUUCAUACCGCUAUCGCAUGCA